AUUUGUUUGUCUGCAAAUUAUGUGAAAUCUCAUGUUGUGGGACGUGAAUCAGAGCAGGAAUGAGGAUCAAUGAAAGCACUUGUAUCAUCGGCACCAAUGUGGUCUUGGUGCCGUACAAAGAUUUUCAUGUUCCCAGAUACCAUGAAUGGAUGAAGUCAACGGAGUUGCAGGAACUAACCGCUUCAGAACCAUUAUCCCUUGAAGAGGAGUAUGAGAUGCAAAAGAGCUGGUUUCAGGAUGAGAAUAAAUGUACAUUCAUCAUGCUGGACAAGAGCAAAUGGUCAUCAAGUACCGAUGAGAUUGAAAGCAUGUGUGGGGAUGUGAAUCUGUUCUUCAAUGAUCCAGACGAGCCCUCUAUAGCUGAGAUUGAGAUAAUGGUGGCAGAAUCAUCCAGUCGUGGAAAGGGGUUCGGCAAGGAGGCACUUCUCAUCAUGAUGCACUAUGGUAUGGAUUCCUUGAAGGUAUCUAGAUAUGUUGCAAAGAUCGGAGAGAAGAACAAGGUCAGUCUUGGGCUCUUCAAAAAACUAGGAUUUCAAGAGACUUCUGUCAGCAAAGUUUUUCAAGAGGUGACCCUUGAACUUGAGGUCAAAGGUCAAUUCCAGGACUGGCUGAGGGAACAGAUGAGUCACUUACAGAUUGUGCAGUACACCCCUAAUAGAUGACAUAUGAGUAGAAUUUUUUCUUCUUCAAGAGGUGACCCUUGAACUUGAGGUCAAAGGUCAAUUCCAGGACUUGCUGAGGGAACAGAUGAUUCACUUGCAGAUUGUGGAGUACGCCUCAAAUCGAUGACAAUGGAAGAUUUUUUUUUUUUCAAGAGGUGACCCUUGAACUUGAGGUCAAAGGUCAAUUACAGGACUGGCUGAUUGGAGUACACCCGAAAUAGAUGACAUAAGAGUCAUAGUUCAAAAAUAAUUUUUUAAAUUGUGACCUUGAAGCUCGUAGAGAAGAUCCAGGCAUAUAACUUUGUCAUUGGAUGGACAGUACAUUAGUAGGUGUAUGCCCUGGAUUGAUGAUGUUAAGUUCUAGAACUUGAUAAGAACUCAAAUGAUAUCAGAUUAUGCUUUAAUAUUGUUAACUGGAUUCAUGUAGCGCUAUGUAAUACUGUCUCUUAGAACUUUACAGAUAUUAUUACCCCUGUCAUCGGACAUCGGGCAUCUCUCCACUUCCUGGGGAAUAUUCCUACUAACUUCUUUUUUGUUGCAUUAACAGUAAUAGUAUUGAAAAAA